AUGAGCUCUGGGGUGACUGGAUUCAGCCUCUUAUCUCCACAGAGACAGAAACCCCACAGCAGCAGCGGCAACAAAUGGUCAGGGGAAAGAAAACACCUGUCCUUCCCCCUCUCCUCCAUUAUUUCCAAAUGUUUUGGCAGGAUCCAAGGUAGCAACAGCAACAGGGGCUCUGUGGCUCAGGAUGAGAGAGAGGCAGGGAUGACCAACCCCACAAGUGAUCCAGAGACAGGCAGAGACAUGGAAGAUCUGACAAAAGGCCUGGAGGACUGUGACACCCCUGAAGAGGAGAAGAGGGAAAAGGCUCUGCUGCAUUCACACCUAGAACAGCAGCAUCACCUUAUCCGUACACUGAAGAAAAAAGCAGACGAUGUACGCAAACGCUGCAGAGGCCUGGAGCAGCUCCACACGGAGCCAGAGAAACUGAGGACAGAGGAUGCUGUGAAAAAGAAAACCCAGACCCAACAGAUUCAGUGUUUGGAGGGGCACUUCAUGGAUCUGGCCAACAACCAUGAAAAAAUAAUCCAGUUCAAGGAUGAACACGGGAAACGGCAUAUAGCAGCUGUGGGAGGAGAACAAGGCCUGUGGCAGGAGAAUGAAGUGCUCUUCAGCCAAAGUGUGAGGGAGAAAGAAGCUGAAGUGCUCCAGCUUGCUGCCCAGGUCAGAAAGCUCUUGCAGCAGUUGGACUCCUUACAGGACAAAUGUGCUUAUGAUCACAGAGCCCAGGAGCGAGAAAAGGAGCUGCUAGAAGCUCAGAGCCAGCAAGCCAGUGCCUAUGCCUGGGAAGUCGAGUCACUAAAAAACCAGCUGCAACACCUGCAGGAGAAGCACCAACAGACUGUUGCACAGGCAGAGCAGGCAGAAAGUCAGCAGAGGGCUCAGGGCAGCGAGCUGCAGGCCAAGCUGGAGAAGGCAAAUGAGGAGAAAGAACGGCUACCAAAGCUGGCCAUGGAGAGGGGCAAAGCUCUGCAAGAUAAGCAACGGGAAACUGAGCAGCUGGGGAAGAAGCUGGAGAGUGCAGAAAAAGCCAGGCAGAGAGGAGGAAAGCGCCUUGUGAGAGAGGCAGCGGCAGUGGACAAUGAUCUGAAGGUCCAAGAGCUCCAACAGCAGCUCAAAAGCAGCGAGCAGGCAUACAGCGAACUCUCGCUGCAGUUUGAUGCUUACAGAAAGCACAGUACGGAUUUACUCGCUAAAGAAAAAGCGCUGAAUGUCAAACUCCGCCACUUUAUUGCAUAA